CGUCAUUUUACCUGCGCCGCUCCCUCAAAGUACUCAAGACCUAGUAUAUCACAGCCAGAUAUUCUGAGGGAAGGCAAGAGCGGUGUCGGAGGGUUGCGCACUUACUACAAAUAGUAUCUACAGCCUUUUGAGAAAGAUGAUCCAGUCCUGUAAAGGAGUGCAUGUCAAAAGUGACAACGGCUUCGACCAACUUACAGUUAGUGUCAUCGCUGUCAGCCUUACGACUAAUGCAUGCUCUCAUGUCAGGAAAGGCUUCAGCUGGCAGGCCAGGUAGAAUUAUUGCGAUGAACACCAGUUUCGCUACCUCAGCCUGUUCUGUCAAGUCCGCAGCCCUUGGGUUCCUUGUUCGGACAAUUCAGGCAGCGCUAGAUUUAGGCAGGGGAGAGUGA